AUGCCCAGACAACCUGCGGUGCCGUUCGUGCAGGUGGUUGCAGGCGACGUCGAGCGCUCCCCCACUGCGUCGUCGACGGCCGCCUCGGCUUCAACCCGACCGCAGCAGCCGUCGCACUCGCACUCGACUUCGACCUCGAGCGCAGCGACAGCAGCAAGCACCAGCAGUAGCAGCAGCAGCAGUAGCAGCAGCAGCAGCAUCCCCAACAUCAGCAACAGCACCAACACCGGCAACACGCUCUCGCCUGCGGACGCAGCUCGGCCCUCCCUCGCCUCGCAGCCGUUGCGCCGCUCGAUCCUUGGCAAGCUCAACCUCAACCCGGCGAGCAAGCUCAAGAAGGCGAUCCCGGCACCUCGCAUCCCUUUCCGUGGCGCAGCACGUCGGCGUAAUCAGCUCUACGAGCCUCUCGAUGAUACGCCCUUGGGAUUGUUCGUCGUCAGAGUCCUCGCCGCAAGGGACAUUGUCGCCAAGGACAGGAAUGGCUUGUCGGACCCGUACCCGAGCUUGCGAUACAUGAACACGCGGGCAAGUCGGGUCCCCGAGAUCCAAUUCAGUAGGAAUAUUUUGUACUGACAGAGAACCUCUCAUGCGUGUAUCUUGACUCGUACAGGCCACCGGGCCGACCGUGCACAAGUCGCUGAACCCGAUCUGGGGCAAAGGAGGCGAUCACGUCCACAUCGAAGGCAUCGGGCGCGAAGCCAAGCUCGAAACCGUGCUCUACGAAUGCAAAGCCCUCGCUCGUGAACGCGUUGAGAUCGUGCUGUGGGAUCGCGAUCGCGUUGGGCGAGAGUACCUCGGCGAAGUCAGCCUCGGUAUCGAAGAUUGGUGGGGCUCGCCGCAGGGCUGGUUCGGCGGUCGACCCCCCGUCGCAAUCGAGGAUGAGAACAACAAGGUGGGUGGAUGGUCUCCUAUCAGCGUAGAUCGUACAUUCCGAGCUGAAUUCUGGGUUGCACCAUACCAUCAGCCGGUCUGGCAUCCACUGCGCUCGAGUCGCUCUCGUUCACACGUCUCGGGGUCUGUGCUGAUCCAAGUCGGCUUCAUGCCGGCUCCGUCAUCGUCCCAAGUCGCCAAUGCCCUCCGAAUGGCCACGACGUCGACUGCGGCCUCAAACUUGGCCCGAAAUCUGACCACGGUCGAGCAAGAGCGGAUCUUGGACGUGUUGCAGCGCUGCAAGGAGGAUCGUGAUGCUGCGAGCAAGACCGAUCGGCUGCUCCUUGCCUCGCCGACGGAGGGUGUCGGUACACAAAUGAUCUGGGAUUCGGCUCCUCUGGGCAUGGUCCCCGCGAACCUACACCACCUCCUUGGUCCUACCGAGGGUGGUGAUGGCGAUCAGGGUGCCGCUUCCGACACCGAUACUGAUUCCACAAUGACCGAUGCCACCGAAGGAACCGACUUCACGGACGCCGAGUACGAGGAUGUCGACGCGGGAGUUGGCGACUCUUCCGAGGACGACGACCAACCGGUAUUUACUGCGAUCGAGGCCCCGACGGACUACUUUGGCAUGGGCGCCACAGCUGGUGCACCCCUCACCAAGGUGCGGUCGCCCGAGUCAACGCUCGCUGCCGCCCCCGAGAGCAGUUCCAGCGUUGGCAUGGACGAAGCCCCGACGCCGUCUUCGAGCAAAUCCGGGCCAUCCUCGUCGUCCGUUGGUGCAUCGGCCCCGUCGUCCCGACCGUCGAGCAGGCGUGGCUUGAGCUUGCCCGGCUUCAUCAAACGAAUCGAUUCAGCGAUCUCGCAGCGAGUCCAUCCCGACGGCCAUGAUUCGUCGACUGGGGGUCAAGGGGCCAGCGAUGCGACGACCGAUGCUGGCGAUUCUACGAGCGAGGCUGCGGUAAAAAAGCGUAAACAUUUUUCUCGUCGCAAGGCCAACACCAAAGACUCCAUCACAUCUUCGGGCACUAGCACGCCUGCACUCGUCGUUGCCGACGUGGACGGGCAUCCCGCUGUGGUUGCACCUGGAGCCAUCGGGGACAGCAAGACUCGGCAGGUACGACGUCUUCGCCGCCGCCGACGCGAUACCAGCGAGGCGGGCCAAGUCCAAGGAGCAGAGUUGAUAAAGAAGACUUCAGCGCUUGGUCGACGACGAACAAGGCGCGACUACACUUACGAGGAGAACGACGACAUUUUUGGUCUCGUCCAGGUCGAGGUCAAGGGCGCCAAGGAUCUGCCGCGCUACAAGAAUCUGAUCAAGUCGAGCUUCGAUAUGGAUCCUUUCGUGGUGUGUUCGUUCGGUCGCAAGGUGUUCCGCACGCGCGUCAUUCGUCACUCGCUCAACCCCGUGUGGGACGAACGACUGGCCUUCAACGUCCGCCAAACGGAGGUGCACUGGACAAUCGCGUUCAGCGUCUAUGACUGGGACAAGAUGAGCUCGAAUGACCAUGUUGGCGAUGUCGCUGUGCCCCUCGAGAACCUCUUGGGCUCUACGAUCCAGCCUGACGAAAACGGCCUAUUCCCUGCUCGGUCCGAUGGAAGGCUGGCCAACGAUGACUUCCGCGAGCACACGCUCAAGAUCGAGGGCUCGAAAGACCAUGGCGAGCGCGACUCCAAUACCGGUCACCCGACACUGCAGAUCCGAGCCAAGUUCACGCCGUACGCCGCGCUGCGUCAGCAGUUCUGGAGGCUAUACCUCAAGAACUUUGACUCGAACGAUUCGAACGCCUACUCUCACCUCGAGAUCACCUCGAUGCUGGACUCGCUCGGAUCGACUUUGACCAAAGACACAAUCGCGUCCUUUUUCACCCGAUUCGAUGUCGAUCUUGAUGGGGAGUUGUCGACGGAUCAAGUGGUGCUUUGCUUGGAACAAGAGAUGACUCGCCCUAAGGAGGAACGUAGGACGGUCGAGGAGGGUCCUGACUCGACCCCAAACACUCCUAGUUUGAGCCAUGGAUCAAGCAGUGCCAACCAACAAGCUGAAAUCUCGCUCGCGUCGACCAAGGCUCCUGUAGUCCAGUCGAGUGAUCCAUCCUCGGGCAUGCGGCCUGUAACGCCUGGAACCGAGAUUGUCACGAACAAGGAGCUUGGCACCACCGUCAGAGCAACCCAAGGUGGAGAGGGCCGUUUAGGUAUUUCGCGUCAAACCUCGACGGCAUCGUCCGAGAGCUCGAGCCCAGCCCCCGGCGGAGCUUCGACUCCGAUGUUGCGAAGCAACGAUUACGCGACCACAAAAGACCGAGCCGUCGAGAGGGUCAUCAACGUCCGUCAAUGCCCCUUGUGCCAUGCGCCUCGGAUGAACUCCAAGGCCGAACUCGACAUCAUCACCCAUUUGGGUAUCUGCUCCUCAACCGACCCUCGGUCCGUCAAUCGCAUCGUCGUGGCCGAGUACGUGACGGCUCAUCAAGCGCAACGCAAGUGGCUGUCCAAAGCGAUUGCUAGGGCAACCCGUGGGGCUUACAAAAUCGGCGCAGAUUCGGCUAAUAUCAUCGUGUUGGAUCGUCAAACGGGGAAUCUCAUCGAGGAGAAGAUCGCUAUCUACGUUAGUGCGGAGGUGGUUGGCUCGGUCUCUCUGCAGUCCGCAGCCACUAAACGUGCAAAUGCUCUUUUUCUCUAGGUGCGACUUGGGAUGAGGUUGGCUUACCGUGGUUUAGGUGCCGGCGGUGGCAUGGAAGGGGCCAGAAGUGAGUUGCGAGAACUCUUCAGUGCGGUUGGCGACUGACCUCGAGGCAUGUCUUCGGUCACAGUCGCUCGCCUGCUCGACUCCAUGUCCAAGAAGCAGGGCAUCAAGUACGACUCUCCAGCCUCCGUCCGAGACAUCCCUCCUUUCAUCGACUUUCACAACCUCAACCUCGACGAGGUACGAGAUCCCUUGUCGUCAUUCAAGACCUUCAACGAAUUCUUCUAUCGCAAGCUCAAGCCCGAGGCGCGCGCCGUCGCGGACCCGGACGACCCAACGACCCUUGUGUCUCCGGCCGAUGUGCGUUGUUAUUAGUCCCUCAGCUAAAAAGAAUUGCUACCCAUAAUACAUAAAGCUAAGACGCAAAACAAACUCCGCACAGUGCCGAGCCAUGUUUUUCCCCACAGUAAAAGCCGCCACCAAGAUCUGGAUCAAAGGGCGCGAGUUUUCCGUCGCUCGCUUGCUCGGUGAGCAACUUCAGCACAAGGCGCACGAGUUUGAAAAUGCCAGCUUGGCCAUCUUCCGACUCGCGCCUCAGGAUUACCAUCGAUAUCAUUCGUGAGUCGGGGGGGCUAAACCUUUGGAUAGAUCGCAGAUCGCGAGAGGGGUUUACUCAUCUGGAUUCGGCCAAUCGAUUCGCAGUCCUGUAGACGGUGUCAUGGGACCUCAACACCUCGUUCCGGGGAAACUCUUCACCGUGAACCCUAUGGCUAUUCGUUCGGCGAUCGAUGUCUAUGGCGAGAACAAACGCCUGGUCGGGACAGUCUUGUCGCGUAAGCUCAAUGUUCUGCUCGGUGAUUUGACAAUCGUCAGCGUCAAAGUGGCUGACUUUGAUGGCGAUGCACGUGCAGCGGUCUUUGGCGAGGUCGUGACGGUGUGGAUUGGAGCGAUGCUCGUCGGAUCGGUGAGAUCGGGAUGCACACUCCUGGAAGUUGCAUCACAAGUCCUAAUUCGAACUGUUUGGAUGCCGAAUAGAUCGCAAUGACCGCCACGGAAGGUCAGGAGGUGAAGCGAGGUGACGAGACGGGAUAGUAAGCUGCACCUCGAGCACCUUGAGACGUCGCGUGAAGGAGAACCGAGGAGGACUGACGAGAAGAAUUGGCGUUCGCUACAGCUUUGCCUUUGGUGGCAGCACGAUCGUGUGUCUCUUCAACAACGUGCAGUUCGAUGAAGAUCUUGUGGCCAACUCGAACAACUCGGUGAGUCCUUUCCAAUCCUACACGGCAAGAGGACAGGAGACUGAACCUGUGAUACUAAUCCUCGCUCAUAGAUCGAGACACUCGUCCGUAUGGGUAGUCGUAUCGGCAAGAAGGUCUGA